AUGCACGAGAAUGGUCAGAAAGAGAAAUGCGAACAAGGGCAAGAUGCCGAUACGAAAAUCAUUUUGAACGCUGCUCGUUGUGACCAUCCUACCUUCCUUUUUGGGACCAAGGUCGCGAUUGCGUGCAAGAAAGUGGGCAGGAGGCACAAGCCCCCAAAUGGCAAGAGCAGCCCACUUUGGCCGGUCCAGGCCGGAGCGCGUUUCCGUGUCCCAACCGGCGAAGAACAUGGCGAUGUGUCGCAGAGAACGGAGCAAACCACGCGGGAAAAUGAUGGAAACAAAAAAUUACAAACACACAAAGGCGUAUCCACGUCAAACAUUGAGAAACAGCUGAAGACGGAGAUGAGAUUUUUGGUGUCGCACGAAAUGGUGCGGCCCGGUCGAAAAGGACGGCGAAAUAAGGAGAGGUGA